GUGCUGACAGCGUACAGAAUUUUCCUUACCCUCCAGCAUGAUCUAAGACAUUUCCCCAAUUAUGAUAUAGUAGAUAACAUCCGUGAUCCGGGAGACACACCAAUACCACUCUUCUCCCUUGAAGAUACUAAUUAUGCUAAGCGUCUUAUAUGCAAGGAGGUAGUUGACCAAAGCUUGCUCACGCACAUGACAACCAACCCCCUUCCCUGUUCAAGGAUAAUCUAAUAAUCUAAUACAUACCUACCUACCUGACCUACCUAAAUACCUUCUAUUUAACCCAGCAAGAUAUGACAGAUCUCGGGCCUUUAACGACGACAUUUACGCCGGCAUCCGGGUGCAACUCCAUUCUUUCGGGGAUUGUUUACACACAGACCCUACCAGACGGCAACACGAGUACUCACAAAUACCAUAGUCUCGGGCCCAGCGCAACGUCAGAGUGCUACCCGCCAGGCUUCGAGCCCGAAUCCGGGUUCUAUUCCCCGGGGAUCUGUCCCUCUGGUUGGUGGUCGGCGUGCGGGACUGUCGACGCCAUCGCGACUGUCACCGAGACCAGAGCGACGUGUUGUCCGCUAGGAUAUGUGUGCAUACAACAGCCGGACCCGACAGAGACGUGGUCGACCUUGUCUUGUUCAUCGUCGGCCAUUUCAUCCGUCUCCGUAACAGUACCGGACUUGUCUAACCAGCUGAGCAAAGUGACGGUGAUGAGUGGGAUUAUCAUUCACGCCGCAGCGAUCAAUAUACGAUGGCAAAGGGGCGAUUUCAUAGCGUCUCGUACGGAUGCACCUACUUCUUCGACACUUGCUUCUUCGGCAUUUACUUCUUCGGCCACUUUUGUUCUACCAUCUAGCAGCAACCAGACAGGUGAUGAGGACGCAACGACAAGCAACGCGCCCGAAACAGGGCUUUCCUUGGGCGCAAAGAUAGGGAUCGGUGUCGGUGUAGGAUUGGGAGGUUUACUUAUGCUUUCAAUUGGUAUUGGUAUUUGGUUAUGGAAGAUAAACCAUCCCGAGGAGAGGGAGCAGCAAGGGGAUACUAUUAUCAAUUAUCCCUCUGAUCCCGGGGCCCCAAAAACGCGCGCAGAGUUGUGGGAGCAGUACCAGCAGGAAAUGCAAACUGCGAGCAAUACGCACGAGCUGGUCACGGAGAACAAUCGGCAUGAAAUUACGGGCAUGUCCCAGCCGGUAGAGCUGCCACAUGAGAGUUGGAGGUAACAUUGCCGAGCGCAAAUAUCAAUUUGAAUACGUUUAAGCCUUCUAAAGGGACGGUCGA